UUUACGAACAUCAUUACGACACGGACAACGACACAUGUUGUGUUUGUUUUUCCGCGAUCAAGUGCGCGCGCGAUCAAGCCGAGGAGCUGGUCGAGAGUAGCGGCUAGCUGAAUUUCAUCUUUCGACGGUACAUGUUGGCCGAUGUUUGUUUUUCACUGCUCGUUUCUGUCGCUGUAGGCCGUGAAGCUCAAGAGCGUGAAUGAAAUCAGUGCCAAAAAAUACCAAAAGACAUAACACGCGAACAGUUGGUGGUGUAUGUUAAGCUUGCGGUAGAAGCUGGUGGAUAAGGAAAUUAUAAAACAUUCGCUUGAGUUAAGUGUGUGCAGAAGACAGUAAGUCAAAAUGUCGCUGGAUUCCAUGGGUCCUUCUGCAGGAGGUGGCAGUUCCGGUGUCGGUACACUGUCAGGCACUAGGAUGAUACACUCUCUAAGCACACCGUCCGGUGUGGACGGAACUGUGUCUGCAUCCCAUUCUCGCGGAGGAAAGAAACUGGCUGUGCGCAUCCAAAUGUUGGAUGAUUCGGUCACCAUGUUUCAAGUGCAGGCAAAAGCGACGGGCAAAGUGCUGUUUGAACAAGUGUGUCGACAGUUAAAUCUUCUGGAAGCCGAUUAUUUUGGGCUAGAGUACCAAGAAGCACCAUCUGGCACCAAAUACUGGCUGGACCUGGAAAAGUCCCUUAACCGGCAGGUCGGUCUAUCGUUGAUAGAGCCAGUGUUACGGUUCUGCGUAAAGUUCUACACACCUGAUCCGCUGCAGUUAGAGGAAGAAUAUACACGCUAUUUGUUCUGUCUGCAAGUGAAGCGAGAUCUUGCCACGGGCAGCUUGCAGUGCAACGACAAUACAGCAGCUCUCAUGGCAAGCUACAUUGUGCAAGCGUCCUGUGGAGAUUAUGCAGCAGAGGACUAUCCCGAUCAUACCUAUCUGUCGUCGUACCGGUUUGUGCCCCAACAAGAUCAUACAAUGCAGAGAAGAAUUAUGGAGAACCACAAGAAGCAUGUAGGUCAAUCGCCGGCUGAGGCAGAUUUAAAUCUGUUAGAAACGGCGCGACGGUGUGAGCUGUACGGCAUGAAGAUGCACCCUGCCAAAGAUCACGAUGGCGUCCCAUUGAAUCUGGCCGUGGCUCACAUGGGCAUUGCUGUUUUCCAGGGCAUAACGAGAAUCAACACCUUCUCGUGGGCGAAGAUUCGUAAAAUAUCAUUCAAGCGUAAACGUUUCCUGAUUAAAUUACAUCCCGAAAAUUAUGUGUACCACAAAGAUACAGUUGAAUUUUUCUUCGAGGGUCGUAAUGAGUGCAAGAACUUCUGGAAAAAGUGCGUCGAAAAUCAUGGCUUUUUCCGUUGCACUGCCGUUCAGAACGUGCAGCGUCGCAAAGCCAGGGUACUGUCCAGAGGAAGCUCAUUCAGGUAUAGCGGUAAAACUCAAAAACAAAUCAUAGAAUUUGUGCGCGACAAUUAUGUAAAGCGACAAACAUUUCAAAGGUCUCAGUCUUUUCGGCAGGGUCCUCUACAUUCAAGUAACAGAAGUCAAUCACGCACUUCAUGUAAUGUGAAUCAAAGCAUCUCGGCUCAUCCUUUACUUCCGAUCGAAACCGCGGAAUGGGAACGUCGCAGUCAGAGCAACGUAUUGAGGACGCCUUCUCAGACGAGGAGACAAGUGGAUAUGGAGGUGGAUCGCCUACCCAGCAGUCCUACCGGCCACAAUCGUUCUCAGCUCACGGAAGCCCAGGUGGAGACCUAUCCGAUGAAGAGCUAUACCCAGCAAAUGGGAAUGGAGGGCUCGGGUCACACGCCGCUGCAGGACUCGAGUCAAUCUGCAUCCCCGGGGGGCACAUGGAGUUCGCCGUACCACAACAGCAACAGCAGCAGCCAUGUGCGAGAAGCCGAUCGGGCUCGUGUACGUCAAGACGGUCACAGUUCCGGUACUGAUGAUUAUCACGGUAUCAACGGCAAUGUUUCGCUUGAUCGACGCAGCGAAAUUGUGCAAUCGCCCAACCGGUACGAUCUGGCCCUGGGCACUGCGGACAAAACGAACAACAAUUCCCUGUCCCGGGGUGAUACCGGAUGCUACGAUCUGGGCAGUGCGGAAGCUCGAGCUAGGAACAAUGGCCACUUCGGUGGUAGCAACGGUGGUGCAUUGCACACGGUGGAUGAAAACAUGAUCAACAACAACUACCAAAACCAGCACACAAACGGUCAAACGUCGUCCGGUGUGGGUAACGGCAACAGUGGAACACUUCGCUCAAUUGAUGAGGAAAUGCGUAAGAAGAAGUGGCCUACCGAUCGGGCGUACUUCCUCGCGAAAGAACUGCUCAUGACGGAGCGAACGUACAAGAAGGAUUUGGACGUGAUUAAUACGUGGUUCCGUGAGGAGCUUACGCCAGAAGAUUUGGAAAACCUACAACCCUUGUUUCAGUAUUUUGAGUCUAUGUUGGAGCAUCACAGUGUUUUUCUGCGCGAUCUCGAGCAUCGAAUAUUGCUGUGGGAAGGACGCGGAGGUCACGAAACGCAUCGAAUCGGUGAUGUAAUGCUGAAAAAUAUGGUCGUUUUGCCUAUUUACGACGAGUACGUUGAGAGUCAUCGGGAAAUUUUGGAGCGUCUGAACGAUCUGUACGAUAACGAUGAAAAGUUCCAGCAGACGUACCGGGAGUUUGAAAUGCAGAAGGUUUGCUAUCUGCCCAUCAGCUAUUUCAUUCUGAAGCCACUGCACCGACUGUUGCAUUACGAGCUGCUGCUGGAGCUGCUGCUAACGCAUUACGGUGAAGAGCAUUUCGAUCGUACCGAUUGCCACGGUACGCUGAUGAUGUUGACCCGCACGACCGAGGUCAUACGACGCGAGCUUACGGCGUCGGAAAAUCACAGCUUGUUGUGUGAAAUUCAGCGCGAUAUCGAUGGGUACGAUGGGUUGGUCCAGCCGGACCGUAAGCUCAUCCGGCAGGGCUGUUUACUGAAGCAUUCCAAGCGUGGCCUGCAGCAACGUAUGUUCUUCCUAUUUUCCGACGUUUUACUGUACGCCGUAAAGUCACCGGUGACGCAGACGUUCAAGGUGCUCGGCCAUGUGCCCGUGCGUUCGCUGCUGACGGAAAACGCAGAACACAAUGCGUUUGUGAUAUUUGGCGGGCAACGGGCAAUCACUGUGAGUGCAAGCACUACGGUCGAGAAAACGAUUUGGCUAGAGGAAUUGGCGAAAGCGGCCAACAGCUUGAAGUAUAAGCCCCAGACACAGUUGCCAAUCGUGUCGAUCAAAACAUGCACAUCGUCUGAAGAAAAUCUGGAAGCUUGCGGCCUGAACAGUGCGCUUGUGGCACAGGUGGCAGCAAAGCAGCCAUCGCCCCGCAACAAUACAGCUCUGCACGUGUGCUGGCAUCGUGGCGUUACGAUUUGUCUCGAUGACCAUCUGCGCUCCGGUAGAAAUCAAAUAUCUGGCUACCUGUUGCGAAAGUUUAAGAACAGUUCUGGCUGGCAGAAGCUUUGGGUCGUGCUGACAUCGUUUUGUCUGUACUUCUACAAGAGUUACUCGGAUGAUGCGGCUCUCGCAAGUUUGCCGCUGCUAGGGUACACAGUGGGACCGCCAGGAAUACAAGAUGCGGUGCAGAAGGAGUACGUUUUUAAGCUAUCGUUCAAAAACCACACCUAUUUCUUCCGCGCUGAGAGUGAGCAUACGUACAAUAGAUGGAUGGAGGUACUGCGAAGUGCCACGCAAAUUCAGGAAUCCCGCUCUUCGCCUACAAUCAACUCGAACAAUCUUAUCAAUAACAACGCUAACAUCGAAUCUAACUAAAGCAUCCCUACACAACUGGGGAGGCCAUCGAAACAAGUGUCCAAGGAACAAAUCUUCAAAGAUUGGGGCGAUUCGUGAGCUUUAUUUAAGCAGGACCUUCGAUCGAUGUAUCAUCUUCUACAUUCAACGCAUCAUUUUGAACCGUGUGAUUGAUAAAAUCAAUCGUAUCCCAUGAUUUGUGCAUGAUAUCGCCUAUCGCGAAGCAAACUAUUUUUACUUUAUGUAAACAAACCUAUCUAACUGAUCAGAACGUUCCCUCCGUUUCGCUUUUUGAUGCGGUUUUGCGCAUUUAAUGGAAGAUUUCAUUAUUCGCCCCGGUUCUUCUCGCGAACAAAAAAAAAAAAGCAAGUGAUUGUGGUAACAAUAAUGACCGGGUA